GAGAGAGAGAGAGAGAGACAAAAGAAAGCGAAAGCUUGCUGCGGAGGAAAGAAGCAAAUCUGAACAACAGCCCAACACAAUAAACAAAAAAAAAAGGAAGAGAGAGCAAAGGUAGGGUAGUUAUUUUACUCUCUUCGAAAUUCCACAUUCUCUCAGUUUCUCGGAGGAGAGAGAAAUGCGAGAAAAUUUAAGGUGUCUCCGUUCGAAACCGGUCGGCCUCUGCUUUAUGUCACCGAUCUGAGCUGUGCAGCUCUCCUUUUCUCAAAGAAGAAAAAGUCAUUAAAUGCUAUUAGAUCCAGGUGUCUCAUUCAACACCCUUCGCAUUGUAAUUGGCAUUUAAGCUCCAUUUUAUCUCUUCCAAUUUGAGAUCUCAAUCGCAAUCAAAACGAACUUCGUUUUUCCGCUGGAGAUUUUUUUUUUCUUUUCACUCGGGUAUUCUUUGGUAAGUCAAAAGGCACUUGACGUGUACUUCGAAAGUGGUGAAUUAAUUUCCGCACUCUAAUUUGGAGCAGCGCUGGAAGGCUUGGUUUAGCGGUUACUGGUGGCUGUAAAAUUUUGAGUUUUGACUUAGGGUUUGUUCAAUGAAGGUAUUUUCACUGUUAAAUUGAUGGAAAUCUAGGAUUUGGAGGUUUUGUUACGUUAUGAGUAUCUUAAUUUGGUUCUCGUUCUUCAGUUAUUGGGGCUGAAGCUCUACUUUCGGAAUGUACGGUUAUUUCUGUUAUUCUCAAAAUUUUGACAAUUGAUAAGGAUUUUCUAUCAGGUAUUGUAUUUUAACGUCAUUUGGAAGUUGAUUGCAUUAGUUCAUUGAACUCAAAAAGGUAGCGAAUUGGGAAUAAUGGGGCAGGAUGGUUGCUGAAUAUCUAUAUAUGUGGAGAGAUUGCGGUGAUUGUUUUGUAAGGGUAGAUUAGGCCAGCAGGGAUGCCUCCUUCUCCAGCAUUGAGAUACUCUCCGGGAAGGGAGCUGAGAGGGGAAAACCACAAACGUGGGCGAAGUUUGGAGAGUGGGUUGAUUGUAAGAGAGAAAGAUGAUGACCUUGCUUUAUUCAAUGAAAUGCAGUCCAAAGAAAGGGAGAAUUUCUUGCUUCAGGCUUCGGAAGAUUUUGAAGACACAUUUUCUACAAAACUGAAACAUUUUUCAGAUCUCAAGCUUGGAAUCUCCAUUCCUGUUCGAGGAGAGAGUAGUGAACUGCUUACUGCAGAUGAGGAGAAAAAUGACUAUGAAUGGUUAUUAACUCCACCUGACACCCCUCUUUUUCCUUCCUUGGACGAUGAGCCACCACCAGCUAAUGUUGCCCGCAGGGGUAGACCUCGGACUCAACCCAUUGCCAUAUCAAGAUCAUCAACAAUGGACAAGGGUUACAGAAGCAGUAGGGUUAGUGCAAGUCCAAAUCGUUUAAGUCCAUCACCUCGCUCUGGGAAUAGUACAUUACAGUCUAGGGGAAGGCCAUCUUCAGCACCUCAGUCCAGUCCAAUACGGCCAGCUACUCCAGCCCGGAGACCAUCUCCUCCUCCGAGUAAAAGUUCCACACCUGCUCGAAGGUCUUCUACACCAACUCCUCGAAGGACAAGCACGGGCUCUAGUGGUACUGUGGCCGCAUCAGGGGUAAGGGGAACUUCUCCUAUAAGGACAAGUAGGGGGAACUCUGCAUCACCAAAAAUAAGGGCAUGGCAGUCAAAUAUCCCAGGUUUCUCCUUAGAGGCACCACCUAAUCUUCGUACUUCUCUGGCUGAUCGACCUGCAUCAUAUGUGAGGGGUUCCUCACCUGCAUCUAGAAAUGGCCGAGAUGCAAGAUUUGGCAGGCAAUCGAUGUCCCCGACUGCCUCUAGAAGUGCCAGUUCAUCUCGUAGUCACGACCGAGACCAAUUUAGUUCAUACAGUAAAGGUUCCGUAGCAUCAUCUGGUGAUGAUGACGUAGACUCUUUACAAUCUAUUCCUCUUGGUGGAUCAAGGCAUUCAGUUGCAAGGAGGCUUGGUCCAUUCCCAAAUAACAAGGCUCCGACCUUUAACAAAAAAUCAGCUAGGGUGUUAUCGCCAAGUUCUGCUCCAAAACGAUCCUUUGACUCUGCACUUCGUCAAGUGGAUAAUCGAAAGAGUCCUCCAAAUAUGUUCAGACCUCUAUUAUCAAGUGUUCCAAGCACCACUUUCUAUGUUGGGAAGGGAAGUUCUGCACAUCGUUCUUUGAUGUCAAGGAACUCAUCUGUUACCACCAGCAGUAAUGCAAGUUCUGAGCAAGGUACAAGCGCUGCACUUGAUACUGAAGGAAGUGACAACCAACAUGAUGAUAUGGCGAGUGAAUCCGGAAAGGGACCUUAUGCCAAUGUUCAAGAAGAAGUUUUUGCUUUCGAUAAGAUGGAUGUCUUAAACAAGGAUGCUAGCUAUGAAAGAUGUGAUGGCUCGCUUAAUAUUCUUAUUGUAGAUGCUGGUAGAGACUCAGCUAUUCAAUGUGUCCCUGACCACUCUGAGGAGUUAAGUAACCAUGGUCUUGAAGUGGAAAUGAGUUCAACUUCUGAUGCUCUAUGUGACAGGGGUGAUCUCUCAGAAGUUGAUAGUUUUGAAAAUACGAAAAUUUGUUCUAAAUGUGGUUGCAGGUAUCGUGUUGUUGAACAUGUUGAGGAGGAAAUCAGUCUUUGCACAGAUUGCAGUAGGCAAGGUGAUAUUGUGGCUGUUGACAUUUCUGAGACAACAAUAGUAACCUCCGAGAACUCCCCAGGGUUGUCUUUGAAACUUUCUGAAGAAGAUAAACCAUUUCAUGAAUUGGGAACCACGAUGCCUCCAUCCGAUUUAUUGAUGGAAGUUACUGCUUCAGUCGAACCCUGUGUUUCUCAGCAUGAAGAAAAUAUCAAGCAAAAUGAAAACUUCUCUCGACAAAAUUCUCUUGGAAGGUCUCUAGCAGAGGGAGGUGAGCAGAGGCUCGGUUACCAGCAAGAGAGGGACCAACCAACUGUUGGUUGUUCCCUACCUGAUAGGGACACUGGAGGUCAGCAGUUGCAGUACUCUGAUGAACAUUCUGGUUUGAAGGUUAACACCUCAGAAGUUGCAGGCAUUUCAGUGCUGUUAAAGAGGUCAAGUAGCAGCAAGGGACCUGUUGUUCAAGGUAGGACCUUUGCUACCAUACCUUAUGAAGAUCUGUCUUAUGCAAGAGACAGUUCUAACAGUUUCAGAAGCUCUGUCGGACAUGGCAGUAUCUCAGCAUCAUCCUCUGUUGAUUUUAGCUCAUCUAGACAAACAGAUACACGUGUGCAACGGCAGUUAAGUGGUAGAAAAUCGGACUUGGAGAAUUACAGAUAUGACACGAAUGCAAAGCCUCAAAGCUAUGCUUUGUCUUUGUCUCGAAGUUCAAGCAAUAAUUACCAAGCUUUAAGUCUUGCAACAAGCACAAAUGAAGAAAACUUUGAGGGUUCUGUUGGCAGUCUGAAAUUUGAUGAAGCAGAGGAAAUAGCUGUAGUUUCUCAAGCCAAAGUGGUGGCUUCAGAAAAUUCAGAAGCAUAUGUGUCUGAUUCAUCUUUCACUGGUGCUGCCAUUCUCGAAAAAGAUGGCAUUGAAUGGAAUGAGUUUAGUAGAACAAUGGAUACCUUAAACUCAGAGCUUUUAGAGGACAAUUCAGCAGCAUCAUUUCCUCCUUCUGAAGACUGUGUUUCAUAUGAAAAUGGAGAUGACUUACCAAGUAAUACCAGGAUUGUCUCUGGUGUUGAAGCAUCAGCUAUCACUGUAGAUCCUACUAUUGACGAACGUAGUAUGCAGAAUGCUACUCUGGAUGGAGUAGACGUUGCUGAGGCUCCUGGCCUCAGCCCUUUGGCCACAAUCUCAGAAAUAGAAGUUGAGAAUUCCUGUCAGAGUUCCUGCAGUUCUGAAAUUGAUUCAUCUCCAACUUCUGAGAGAACCAAGAAGGGAUCUGUGGACCUGUCAGUUGCCAUACCUUCAGAUGUGGAUACUACAGCAUCUGUUCAGGAGCAUAACACAUCAGAUCAUGCAGAUGGCAUUUUAGAGGAGUCAACUGUCUUGGUAGAAUGUCAUAGAGGAAGCAAGUCCAGAAGCCUGACACUUGAAGAAGCGACCGACACAAUACUUUUCUGCAGUUCCAUUGUCCAUGAUCUUGCCUACCAGGCUGCAACCAUAGCCAUUGAAAAGGAAAGUUCAGUGCCAUUGGAUGGAUCCAGGCCAACAGUUACAAUAUUGGGGAAAUCAACUUCUGACAGGAAGGACCUUCGAGGGAGAACUGUCGGUAGACGAACUUCAAAAUCUCAUAAAGUCAGGCAGAGGCGAGUAGAAACUGAUGUAAAAUCUCCAUCUACCAAGACCGAAAAUGAUGAGAACGCCGAUGGAUCUUUGAUUCGCAAUGUUGGUCUCCCAAAUAAGGUGGACAGUAUGAAGCCUCCAAAGCUAGAAUCCAGGUGCAACUGCUCAAUAAUGUGAAGAUAAGUCUUUCAUUCAGACCCCCCAGCAUGCAGUGCUCCACCAGCCUCCAGUCAUAUGAUGAAGAGAGUGGCAAGUGCUUUGUAUUUUAAAAUGGUAUUGUGUUUGAAAGGCUGUUUGAAUUUGUUGCCAAUUGGUUUUCUUUGGUUCCAAAUUUAUUUGUAAGAAACGCCACCUGAUGUUGGUGACAUAAUUGUAAAGUUGUUAUUAUUUUCUUCUAGGGUUGGUAUUAGUGAAAAGGCAGUGGGGGGUUUGUGUUUUUGCUCCAUGGCCAAAAUUCUUGUUA